AUGGAACUCAACCGAGAACAUUUUCGCGCCAUAAUUUAUUACAACUUUCAGAGACAAUUAUCGCAACAAGAAUGCCCUGCUGACGUCACAUCAGUCGACAUUUCCCGUUGGUAUGAAGAAUUCUCAGUUGGACGGGUGAGUCUUAGCGACGAUCCCAGGGUGGGUGCACCAAAAACAAAAUUAGUUUCUCGUUGGAUACCCCACCUGUUGACUGAAGAGCAGAAAGCAGCCAGGGUUAAUUGGUGUCAAAAAAAGCUUGACCGUCAGCCGGCUGUUUGGGUGUUCCAAGGUGAAGAAAAGCCAACAAAAGUCAUUCGUUCUCGAAGUGUUUCGAAAAAGAUGGUCGCGACAUUUGUAUCAAAACAAAGAACUGUUACUGCGGAUUGGUAUACCACCAUUUGUUUGCCAAAAGUCAUCACCGAGUUUAGAAAAAUCAACCCGGAAAGAAGAAUCAACCUUCACCAAGACAAUGCAAGCUCGCACACAGCCCCAAAAACAAGGCAGUAUUUAACGGAAGAAAACGUGGAAUUAUUGGACCAUCCUCCAUAUAGUCCCGAUCUAAGUCAUAACGAUUUCUUUACUUACCCGAAAAUUAAAAACAGACGGCCUGGUCAAAGUUUCCAGUCACCAGAAGAAGCAGUUGACGCAUUCAAAAAUGCCGUUUUGGAUCUGCCAGCAAACGAGAGGAAUAAAUUGGUUCGAGCGCAUGCAGAUGUGUAUUAUCUUCGUGGAAAAUACUUCGAAAAACAAUAAAGUCAUUUAAAACUA